ACCGGUUUGAAUGUGGCGUCGAGGAUAAAAAGCGAGCCGUCAUGUUCUCGUCCCUCCCUCUCUGCCUCUGUCCGUCGGCUAGGCUGCUGCUACACUCAACCUGCCCGCAACACAACACCAGAAAACAACCAUGUCUGAGAAACUUCCCUACAAAGUCGCUGACAUCACCCUGGCCGAUUGGGGGCGCAAGGCCAUCGAUAUUGCAGAGAAUGAGAUGCCCGGUCUAAUGAAGAUGAGGGAGAUGUACGGCAAGACCAAGCCGCUGAAGGGCGCCCGCAUCGCCGGCUGCCUCCACAUGACCCUGCAGACCGCCGUGCUCAUCGAGACCCUCACCGAUCUCGGCGCUGAGGUUCAGUGGUCGAGCUGUAACAUCUUCUCAACUCAGGAUCACGCUGCUUCUGCCAUCGCCAAGACUGGUGUUCCAGUGUACGCGUGGAAAGGUGAGACCGACGAGGAAUACGUGUGGUGCAUCGAACAGACUCUGUACUUCAAGGACGGCAAGCCCCUCAACAUGAUCCUGGAUGACGGAGGAGACCUCACCAACAUGGUCCACACAAAGUAUCCCAAACUGCUGGCAGGUAUCCGUGGCGUAUCAGAGGAGACGACUACCGGCGUCCACAACCUGUACAAGAUGUUGAAAAAGGGCGAGCUGAAAAUAACCGCCAUCAAUGUCAACGACUCCGUCACAAAGAGUAAGUUUGACAACUUGUACGGCUGCAGGGAGAGCCUGAUCGAUGGCAUCAAGAGAGCCACCGAUGUGAUGAUCGCUGGUAAAGUUGCCGUGGUGGCGGGCUAUGGUGACGUUGGCAAAGGCUGCGUCCAGGCUCUGCGUGGGUUCGGAGCUCGCGUCAUCGUCACCGAGAUCGACCCCAUCAAUGCCCUGCAGGCGGCCAUGGAGGGUUAUGAGGUCACCACCAUGGACGAGGCUUCUAAGGAAGGAAACAUCUUCGUCACCACCACCGGCUGUGAGGACAUCAUCCUGGGACAUCACUUUGAGAACAUGAAGGACGAUGCCAUCGUUUGUAACAUCGGACACUUUGACUGUGAGAUCGACAUGGCCUGGCUCAAAAAAAACGCUGCAGAGAACGUCAACAUCAAGCCUCAGGUCGAUCGCUAUCGUCUGAAGAGCGGCCGUCACAUCAUCAUCCUGGCCGAGGGCAGACUGGUCAACCUGGGCUGUGCCAUGGGACACCCGUCCUUCGUCAUGAGCAACUCCUUCACCAAUCAGGUUCUGGCUCAGAUCGAGUUGUGGACCAACACCUCCAAAUACCCCCUCGGAGUCUACUUCUUGCCCAAGCAGCUGGAUGAGCAGGUGGCAGCUGCCCACCUGGACAAACUGGGGGUGAAGCUGACCAAGCUGACAGACAAGCAGGCCAAGUACCUGGGUCUGCCCACCGAGGGGCCCUUCAAACCGGACCACUAUCGCUACUGAGCACCCUGUCCAGCUGAGGAAGAGGAGGAGGAGGAGGAGGAGGAGAAGAAGAAGAAGAAGAAAGAGGACGAGGAGGUGUGGCUAGAACAGUUUUGGUGUUUAGGUGUAGCAGGGUUUGGUGGGUGGGAGCUCAGAGAUGGGCCAGGUUGCACUCUGAGCACCACUUUAGGUUUUGGACUUCCAAAUCUCAACGUUUCAGGGACUCUGAGAGACAAUUUUGUGUUUGUUUCUUCCCUUUUAAAUAACCUUCCAUACAGCUGCUGUUGAAUCACUCAUUUCUGGUUUGAAAACAUGAGACAUUUGAGCUCAAACUGCUGCCCCAGACAACUACCCAAAGCUUCCAUCUGGAGCUUUAUUUGUGUAGGAGUUUAUCACAUCAGGAGGGUGCAGAAACAUCCAGCCCUGAAUUUCAACUGAAAACCAUCUCAUUUAACACCAAUAUCUUCAGUCGUCCACCGUCUCUCCUCUUUCUUUCUCAUCAAUACUCUUCUGAAAGUGCCACUGUGGCUGUUAAAGAGAAUUCCUCUUGUUGUUCGUCAUUCCCUCUCCAUUUAUGGAAUAAAAUAAACCCUUUUCUACCUUAGCUCUUCUCUCCGUCUCGUCACGGCUCCAGGUGGAAGGUGACCGAACUGGUUCUUCUUCUUCUGCGUCUUUUAAUGAAUCGAGGCAAACGGUUUAGUGUACAGCGGCCUUAUUCCAGUAUGUUCACACAUAUUUGCUGCCCUGGGUCAGCGCUUAAUGGAAACUGUACCUGACAAGAUGCUCAUGAAGCGCUCGGUGUGUUUUACUAAUAAUCCAGGUCGAUCGGUAAAGAGGAGCUCUGAUGCCAAAGGAACCACCAAAGCGCAUCAUCUGAUUUCUAAAGUCUUAUUCUUUCUGUCUUCCUUUUUUUAUUGUGAUUAUUUCAUUUGACUUUAAGGGCCAAAACAUGUGCAACGCCCCUCCCCUCCCCACCGCUGCUUUUAUUUCUCACUGUAGCCAAUCAUGGUGACGUUAAAGCGGGGGUCGCGGUUCUCAACGGUUACAGCCUGAAAUAGAGUUCAACUGCUUGUAAACGAUGGAUUGAAAGUGUCAGUUGUGACAAUGGAGAAUAAAAGAAAAACAUGUUGACUCUGAA